GAUGCUUCCAGGACAAAGCAACUGUGGGGAAGGAAGUCCAAUUGCAGAAGACAGUCACUCCCUUUGGGUACGUAGGACUCCGUCUAUCAACUUCAAACUGCUUCAGGGCAGGGCUGCUGCCCAUUGGACCAACCAGUAAGCCUCUGGAAGACCCUCCUCAGCAAACCAACCACGCUUCCCAAGGAGAGCGCAGGUGCUCUAGGAAAGAGGUUGACUGAGGGCUGGAGAAAAACAACUUGGUCCCAAAGUUCUCAUGCUGCUGCCCUGAUCCUCCCGGGCUUCCAUAUCUUCACCAUCAUGAACUGGCACAUGAUCAUCUCCAUGCUUAUUGUGGUGGUCCUUAAAGUGAUUGGAAUGACCUUAUUUCUGCUGCACUUCUCACAGAUUUUCGGGAACAAUAACAAUGGCCUCAUCCCUACAAGAAGCUAUGGAACAGGGCAUACAAUCCACACCACUCAUUCCCCAAGUGUCUCUUCAGCUUGCCCCAAAGACUGGGACUUGCAUCAAGGAAGGUGUUUUUUCUUCUCCAUCGGUGAAGAGCACUGGAGCAGAAGCAAGGAAGACUGUGUAACAAAAGACUCUACUUUGGCAAUUGUUAACACACCCGAAAAACUGACCUACCUUCAGGAGAUAGCUGGUGUUGAGAAGUAUUUUAUUGGCCUAAUACGUGGGGCUGGGACUACAGAGAAAAGAUGGCACUGGAUCGACAACUCUGAGUUCAAUGGCAAUGUGACCCAUCAGAACCAGAACUUCAACUGUGUCACCAUAGGCCUGACAAAGACUUUUGAUGCUGCACCUUGUGACGUCAGCUACCGCUGGAUCUGCGAGAAGACGCCCUAAGGAUCACAGCUGUGCAAAAAGAAAAAAAAAUAGAUAAAAUAAA